UUUGGUGAAGAACUGAAGAUCAGUGAAACACAUUAUCAUCAUCGCAUAAACAAUGUCGUCUCCCUUCACCGACUCGAUCGAUCAAUUCGGUGCCAACUCGCCGGUAUCCCCCUCCUUUGACGACGGCUACUCCUUUUCCAACUUUGAUUCGACCGUUGCCGAGUCCCCCACGCCAAUCUACGUCUCCGGCGGAGAAUUCAUUGAUCCGACGUAUUUCUCGUCGGAAACCAAUGAAAACGUUCCGAUUCUUCCGCCACCGGCGGAGAUGGGACUCGAGGAGAGUUAUGCGCUCCGUGAAUGGAGAAGACAAAACACAAUUCGGUUAGAGGAGAAGGAGAAGAGAGAGAAGGAAUCGUUGAGCCAGGUCAUUGUUGAAGCUGAUGAGUACAAGGUUGAAUUUCACAGAAAGAGGCAAAUUACCUCAGAAACCAACAGAGUGGCCAACCGUGAGGAGGAGCAGGUACUUGUUGCUACGCUGGAGAAAUUCCACGCUGAAGCUGACAAGGAUUAUUGGAAAUCUAUAGCAGAACUGAUACCUAAGGAGGUUGCUACAAUAGAGAGGAGGAAAAGAAAGACGAAGAAGGCGUCGGUUGUGGUGGUUCAAGGACCUAAGCCUGGGAAACCCACUGAUUUAUCCAGAAUGCGACAGCUACUACUGAAGCUCAAGCAAAACACCCCUCCCCACCUCAACCAGUCUCCUACUGUGCCUGUCGUCACCAAAGAGCCUAUGGCUUAAAGGACUUGUUGCUAGAUGUACGAGUCUUGUGGCUCUACAAGUACUACUACUUUUCAAUUGGUGUUACAUUUGGACAGCUUACAUACGAGAUUCAAGAAUGUCUUUUGAGUAAA